AUGGCUCAGGAGAAGCCUUGUGCCCCAUUCUGCAUUUCAUACUUCAAUUCUCCCUUUUCUCUGCUCACUCUAAUUCUGUUAUCAAAUUUGUUUGCAGUAAGAACAUGGCUGAAGCUCUGUAUAGUUGACAUUCCCCUGCAGCGUUUGGGUUCCAUCACCCUUGAUAAUGUUGAAAGAGAGCUGAGACCGGUCAUAGGUGUUGACACAGAAGCUGCAAACAUCACCCGCAAUCUUGAAGCUGUUCAAGCUGUGCUUGAGGAUGCUGAGAGCAGACAACUGAAGGAGGACACUGUGAGGCUUUGGUGGAAUGAUCUUACACAACUUUGCUAUGAGAUGGAAGAUGUGUUGGAUGAGAACACUGAAGUUCAAAAAGCCGAAUGGAGAAACAAGAAAAUGGAGGUGAAGAUGGCAUUGUUGCGAAGAAGAAGUGUCACUGAUGUUUUUGCUGUUUUACGUGGAAAGCAUUUUGCUGCAUUUGGUUACUUAUCAGUGAACCAAUGGAUUACGAGUGCAAAGGGUCUUCACAAACAUUCACAAUCUGUUCUUCCUUUGGUUUGCUAUCUGUGCUGGAUCUUCUAUCACUCUUAUAGCCCCUCAAGUUCAUUUGGCAAUGGUGCGGCAAAGCGGGCAAACGCCCCUAUGUCAAUUACAGCAGACAAAAGAUCAGCUGAUCAGGAGGGAGAGUAAAAGAGGAAAGCAAAGCCUGUAACAUCUGCAUAUUCCUUAAAAAGUUCUCUGUGGUAUGCCUCCGGCAAUGCUUCUGAGACGGAGGUGAAUCUGAACUGGGGAGACGAAGUUUGUCAAUGUCAGGCGAGCCCUCUGUGUGAUUUAGUGUUCUCUCGAGGCUUCUAUUUUGAGAGAACUCUAUGUCCAGCCAUCACUAAGAUAGAGUUGCUGCCUGUGUCUUGUGUUA